AGCAGUAGCACCAUGCACGCGUCAACUGGAAUUGAGGAAACAGGCGAAUACGUGUUAAGUGAUCCGCUGGAAGCUAGUUUAUCCGAUUUUUAUGUAACUUCUCCUCGGAGCGCUUUUGAUUGUCAGCUGAGCAGCAAUAGUUAUCCCGAUUCUCGCAGCUCACAAGUUUUCGAAACAAUACAGGAGAGUCUGUCCGGUCGGUCAUCCCCUGCUUCAUCAAGAGAUGCCGGCUCAGCACACAGUCCAAAAGGGAGCGGAUCCAGUGGUACGAUGAAUCAGAAAACAGAAAACGCUCUCGUUAUGGAGCAGAACGCAGAUGAAGCGUCCAGCGUUGAGCAUCCAGCACAUCCGCAUGUUAUUCCUGAUACUGAUUAUUGCCCUAUGGAGGUAGCUUUUCAUAUUUUUGUUUUUUUAUCGUAA